ACAGACACAGGUCGGUAGAUCUACCUUCCCAUUUUUCGAAUCCGGUUGUGAAUAUUUCGUUCCCUGCGGCGGUAUGGAGAGCAGUUUUUAACUUUUAUUCAGACGACAAAAUAGGAAAGCGAUCAUUUGUCCUCUUUGCUCGUCCACGGAAGCUCCUUGAAUCGAAUGCGUGUGGCUAAUUCCAAAGAAUCGUCAACUAGACUGAGGAGUUAUGUGGCGUAAGAAGCGAUGCCGCUGAGUGCAGGGCAAAGACGGAAUGCGGUGGAGUAGGACGCGGACAGCCGACACUUCUUCGGGCGCUAUUUCCGACAUUGCAAAUGGCGCUGUUUGAGCAGAGCAGCAGCAGCAGCGCGAGGGAGAAGACGAUGGGUUUGCAGGUGUCCAGCAGCAGGUACCCUGGUCCAAUUCUAAUGAUAUUCCUGCUCUUCUGCAGUUGGAGCAGUUGCCAAGCUAUCUGCAAUGGCAAACUUGGUCGGGAUGAGCAUGGCUUCUUGACCUUUCUGGAGACGUCUAUCGGUGCACGACCUGUCAGUAACGUUUCUGUGAGAACCGUCUCAGACACAAGCGUCAACGUUUCCUUCACACGCCCCGUUGAAGCCUGGAAGUCGAAAACCAUGCCCAGACACAUCAAGGUGGCGCUGACGUACGGCUGUGACGACCAAGCAGAUGGUGACAUUGAAUUGAAAGCACCUGUAAACUCCAGCAGCAUCAUUGUGGAUGACAUCUUGCCAGGGAAAUUAUUUUGCAUAAAUGUCAUACCGAUGCAGCUCCAUGGCUCUCCUGCAAUGAUCACAGAGGGGUGCUUACAUCCACUGGUUAAUCACACCCUUGUAAUCAGCACCACUGAACCGCCAUGUCUGCCCCAGCUUGAUGGUGGUCCUGAGAACUGCACCAGCCAAGACAGCAAUGCCAGUGCUAGCAACGCCACACCAUCUCCAUCGCCAGUUUUUCCUGCACCUAUUAGUUCCACAUCGUCAGUAUUCAUUGCAUCUCCAUCACCGAUAGCAACGGAAAUGAGAAACACAACUGGAACGGAAGUGACCGCAAUGCCUGCUGCCGAAGGUUACGGCCUGGUGACCGUUCUCGUGUCCGCCCUCGUUCCCGGUUUCAUUGUGUUUGUCCUUAUUGUUGCACAAUACCGCACCUACCAGAAGCGUUCAAUGCCUGGGUCCGUACAAAUGCCAGUCCAAACCGUUGCGUACGACAAGUUCUCUGUUGCCUGCUCCGACGUCGGUAAUUUAACACAUCUGGAUCUGGGCUUCAGCCGUGCUACCGGUAUAGCCAGUAGCCGAUACUUGUCAGGGCGAGCGGUCACCGUCUACAUCUGCUAUGCACAUCAUCUUCCCGAUUGCAACUUAAAUGAACAGCAUCAGCAGCGCGUACUCAAGCUUGCCGAAGCGCUCACAGAGGCCGGGAUCUAUGCCGCCCUGCCCUGCUACGACGUGCACCGGGUCAUGUUCAACAUCGAGAGCUGGUUUCAGGAGCAAACGCACCAAGCUGUUGAUGCUAUAAUUGUCGUACCCUCUGCAAAACUGGUCAAGAUGUGGCGCAAGGUGGGCAGGCAAGACGGAGCAGUUUUAGACGAUGCAUCUUCACAGCUGGCCUUCUAUGAAAGUAACUUUGUAAAGAAAUUGACUUCGGACCCAGACUGCAACAUCCCAGUUAUCCCCGUAAUCUUGGAGCGAUCCUCAUCAAAUAAGACCAUUCUGGACUUCAUGCAAAGGAAAAUGCCAACACCUACAAGACCUGUGCACUGCUAUGAGGCUAGCGGAUGCACGGAGCUGCAACAGUACAUGAAGGACUUGACACGUAAACUGUGUGCUGCAGGAUCCGUACAGGAGUGCAAAGUGAUGCUGGAACUGUCCGACUCGGAACGUCCUGGUUCAGACCCUGACAAAGACGACUUCAUGGAGGUAUUUGAAGAAAGUGACAACGACAGAGGGUCUCAGCCUGAUCGGCCAAUGCCAUCAAGUGAUGCGCCAAGUGACAGCGGUUUGAUACUGGGCAUGCAGCAUUUGAGCUCAGCUGCUGGGCAGAUUUCAUCACCGACAACACAGAGCACACUGUCAUGCUGUAGUGCUAACGGCCAUCGGUUACCUAAAGAGUGCCCGGAAUCCGAUGAGAAUGCCGAUCCAUGUGUUGAUUGUGGUGGCGGUGGCGAUAUACAUGUACACGUGCCAACUACAACAGACUUGGAGGCAACAGGUUCACCACAGGCCAAAUCAAAUCAAAGCGUUGGUGUCGUAGAAUCGUUUGAUGGUUGUACACCUCAACUUCAGGACCACCAAGUGCCUAUCCCCGGCAAUUGUGAAGAUGAAGAAAACAUGAAUACAUUAGUAGAGGAAUAUACUGGCAUGGCAUUUUCUGAUACCACUGAUCAGGGUAGUGAUAAUGAGCUGGAAGAGCGCGUACGCGAGGCGUUGGAAGGCUUCACUGCCGAUCCUGUUUGUUAUGGUGACGCAGAGUGCAGUGGCUAUGACCUGUUGCAGGAGCACAUAGCCGCCGCCAUGUGUGAUGCUGAUGAUGCCGGCACACUUCAGCCCAAUGCUGAUUCAUCUGAGAGUGGCAUCGCCAUGCCAGGGACAGGCAGCACACUGUCAAACAGUGGCGUCAGUGUGCCUCCGCAUAUUACUAUCGAGAUCCCCUCUGACGCAGACAGCACGGCACAACUGCAAGGGUCUACACCCAAUCUGCACGGAAAGUGCACACCGCAAGCCUGCCACAACAUUGCCGCAGCCAAUUGCUCGGAUGAUACCACAGGGUUACCAUCCCACUCGCCAGACUAUCCUUCACCGGUCUGUCACUCAACUGCACCAUCACUGCUGCUGGGAAGAGCAAAAGCUCAAUCUCUGCUAGCAGCAGCAUUCCUCGGAAACGCAUUUCACUCAGAACCCACAUCAAGUCCGGCCAAUAGUGAGCAGGGCUUGGAGGACGUGUUACACAGUUCCCGCUCCAUGUAUCCAGAUCACCGCCCGGAUGCGCUGCCACAGCACCGAGCCAUUAACAGUGAGACGGCUGGGCCAUCUGCUGUGCAACUCACGGCGGAUGUAUCUGUGGAAAUGCAAGGCAUGCUACAAGAGAUCUCAACCCCGCACACUGACUCUGAGUGCAAUCGCAGUCACCAGCCAGCCAGCAGUUCGGCAGGAAAUGGUGGGGCCUCUCCUCUUCCAUCCUGUACUGUGACUCUGCAGCAGGACUGUCACGAGAAAGGGAGUCCGAAUAGGAAUAACAAAUUUCCCAGUCCUGCCUUUCUUUCUUGGCUAAGCUCCACAGUUUCCCACGGCCACUGAGUAUGUGUCGGGUUACGAACUGCGGAUUUGUAGAAUUGCUACAGUUGAAACUUGAAACAGAGUAUUAGUUCUGAGAACUAAGUAACCUAGGUAGCAGUAAUAUAUUUAUUUGCUUUGACCCAAUCAGAGCGGCCAUUUUAAAUGCAGCAGAAACUGCUUUAUUGGUCGUGAAACAUUUUGAACUUGAAGAUACUAUAAGGCCAUCAUUUUUUAUAUCUAUGUUUCGCGUCGUCCGCACGCACACGUUUUGAUUUUUUUCGGAAAAAAAUAAAAAAAUCGAACAUGCACAGUGA